CCGCGGAGGGGACAUGUACACUGAUCAUCAGGGCACUGAUGAUCAGUGUGGCCCCAGCAGCGCCACCUGUCAGUGUUCAUCAGUGCCACAUCAAUGCCACAUAUCAGUGCCCAUCUGAGCUGCCUUUCAGUGUCAACCAUCAGUGCCAGUCAGUGCCACCUAUCAGUGCCAGUCAGUGCCACCUAUCAGUGCCAUAUAUCAGUGCCAUGUCAGUGCCACCUUAUCAGUGCCCAUCAGCGCCACCUAUCUGUCCAUCAGUGCAGCCUAUCAGUGCCCAUCACUGCAGCCUCAUUAGCGCACAUCAGUGAAGGAGAAAAAUCACUUAUUUAUAAAAUUUUAUAACA